GUACGACACCGGCAGGAGCUCUGCCGACAAUCAUUAGGUUAACAAUUAACGAUCUGUCACAGUAAAUCGGUAGUUUUGAUCAUAACAUCGAACCAUUCGGUUACGUGUCAUUCGUUCUCGAUCGUGUUUCUUAUUGUUAGUAUUUUAUCCUGCCAUUUGUGUUUAGAGUAGCUUUAAUCAGGAGUGACAAUGAAGAUGACAGUUGCCAAAAUUCUGAUCGUCGUGACUUUAAUUGGAACGCAGGUGUUGGGAUAUCCUCCGCAAGGAAGACUCAUGCCAGAUGGAGCGCCAGUUCCGGAGGAUGCAAUUGAACACGAGGACUCUGUAGCAUCAGCCUCUGAAGUAGGCGAAGAAUACGAAGACACCGACGACUCAGACAUGUACAUGGAACCCGAGACUAUGGAAACUCAUCAAGAAGAUGAAGAAGACGCUCCUAAAAACUCGACCGAGGAAAUACCGCCCGUAUCACACGAAGAGAUAGACACAGCGAUCAAUACAACUACCGAGAAACCAGCUUCCAAGGAUCAGGAAGCAGAAAACACCAAAGAAACGAGCCAGACACAGGAUUCUGAGGAUAAGAGCCUAGAAACUGAGAGUCAAAAUUUCUUUCCCUCGUUUGCGGAACUGUUCGCCAAUCACAGGGUUCCUUUUACAGAGCAACAGAGGUACAGGCCUAACAGAUUCCUGGGAUACUUCCAACGCGACAGAAGCGGAUACCAAGCGGCAGCAGCGACCUCCAAAGACGUCCAUCAUCCCAUUUUAGGAUCAGGUAACUUUGGUGUCAUCCGAGGUGGAACUUACUACCCUGAAGACAAAGAUGCCGAUGAGUACUCAACGGACGACAGUCUCUACAGUCCUUACUAUCAUAGCGGAAAUCGUGGUCGGGCUAAUUACUACAGGAACCCGAAACCUCAACCGAUCCGUGGGGGUGAUUUCUUCGCAAACUUCCGGGACUUUGCUGACAUUACAGCCCCACCAAAAUCCAGUUUCUCUCAUUUGUCUGUUGUUUAUGCUAACAAAAAUGGAAGCGCCACUGGGCGUAUCACUGAGCCCAGAAAUAUUAUUGAAACUUUGAAGAUGCUUGAACAGGAAGAGCAGAACACUGAGGUGGUCACCACGACAGAAGUGCCAAGGAAGAAGCAGAGUAAAGGAAAGAGGAAGUUGAUGAAGAUGAAACAGUUCGAAGAGGAUAAGGUUAGGAGGUCUCGUAUAACGGUGGAGCCUUUGUUAGCACUCAGUUGAACACACGAUGAGAUUCGAGUUGUAUGGUAGUGCGAACGCGAACCUCGGGACCUUUCUCAAACACGAAAUCUGGCUACGAGAUCAGAAUCGAAGUCUGAAAUGUGUGAUCACCGCUUUUCAGCAGCUUGUGCCAAAAACUGAAAGGAAUUGUUAUGGAAAAGUCGUUUGAAUUUGUUUCCUUCAUUUUGGUUUUGAAUGUUUAAUCCUUUCGUUGCAGGAGAUUCCAGCGUGAAACUUGUGGCAAUUAUAUUUUCUGGUAAAUUAGGUGAGAAUCAGAGGGAGAGUGGGGAUGUUGCACCUACUUGGAAAAAUUAGGGUCCAGAACUUGGAGGAGAUAAUACUGUUAAUUAGGGGGAUUCGUUAAAUUCGUUUAACAAAUUAUUCAAAUUACUAAAUUCACAGGUUACUAAUUAUUAAUUAUUAAAAUUAUCAACUUACUCAGUUAUGCAUAUAACAGGGGGUCAGUGAGUUUCUAUAUGUGUCAAUCUAAAUUUUCAAGAUAAAUUUAAUUGAUGCAAAAUUGUACUAAAUAAGUUUUUUGGGGUUUUUUUCACAUAUCUCAAUUAAUGCACUUAACAUACGUUCUGGUUUUCGUGGCAGGUUUGUCCUUUAAUGAUGCAAAUGAUUCCAAAACCUGCAUUUUUUUACCCUGCUGGAUUCGUCGAAGAAGGAUCGAUAACAAAUAAUAAAAUAACGAGUGAUAAUCCAAAAUCCUUCAAAUUCCUGUUAUCAUUCAGUAGAUCAUGCGACAUUUCGUGUGUAGACUCAAAUGAUUAUCAAGAUUCCAGACGAUUAUGUCAAACUCGUUUAUCAGCAAUUCACGAACACAUUUCAAAUUGAUUGAAUGCACUUGUCCGUGCACUUUCGUUAUGCAUGAGUAAGCCCCGAUCUGGCACGAGUUACUCUCGUACGUACACACUAACGUUAAUCUCUGGUGCACGCGAUCUCGUGUUGCUAUGAUUAUUUCAAGUGUGAAAACAUGAAAUUCGCUGGAUGCGUUAUCAACAGGUGCGAAUUAAAUCGCAGAGCUUCGAUUUCGGGGCCUUCUGUAAAUAAAUUCCGUUGCUCUGCAUCGUGUUUUCUUUAGUGUUUUAGCUAAAGCGGAACUGGAUCAACAAUUGCGUCUUCAUUCGAUUAAGUAUUCGUUCGCGAACCUCGUUUCUGCGUCUAAAUAUGUAGGAAUUUAUCCACUAAAGAAACAUUGAGGAACUUUCUAUUAUUAAUCGUUAUUAGAAAAAAGUCAUGGACACCAAUGCUUUGAGUUUAAGAAAUAAAUUUUAUUAUUUCUUUUUCCUCAAUGUUCUAACUAUCUUUAGAACAAACUUUUGUUUACCUCUAAUUUGAAAUUUAUUUAAUUAAACUGCAAUUAAGAUUCGUACGAAAUAUUUAUUAAACCUAAAGAAAUUCAUUACAAAUAUAAAACUGGAAGGACUUUGUAACAAAAAUAUUACUCUUUGUUUCUUCGAUGGAUACGUAUCUCAAGAUCAAUCGUAGAUAAGUAUAUUUUUAAGUGCAGAAUGUCUGGCUACGUUCAUUAAAUUCACGAAGACUGUUCAUUUAUAUUAAUCAUUAUCGGCUUAAAGUAGAAUUAUUCAUCUCUUUUCAUCAAUUAAACCAACGCUUUCUCAUGAAACACUUCACUUUUAUUCAGCUUUGUGAGUAUUAUUUUAUAAAAACACCUUUGGAACACUUUCUUCUUUCUUCUUUAACUAUGAAACGUUUGGAUUUUGAUUAUUACAAAAGACUUUUUAAAGUGAAAAUACAACCCUAACUUUUAUAUGGAUAUUACAACAAAAGUUUAGUCUGCGUUUCAUAGAGGGAAAAGGUGUCGUAUUGUUAUUAUAAUUGUUGUUGAUUAUUUUAAGCAUAUCAAUAGAAAUAAGGAUUCAUCAUAACAACCCACUGGAAUGAUCGUGUCUUGUACUGUUCACUUCUCUGUAAGAGACGUGACAAAUUAUCGAAAUGAAAUAUAUUUUUCAUAAAUCACGGAUCUAAAAAUCUUCUAUAAUUUAU